UCUUUUGCGCAGCUGCUGUCGUUUCGCCUCUGACGGAAAUUCUUUGCACUAAAAGUUAAGUUUACUAUUAAAACCAUAUUAAUUAGCAGAUUUAAUCUGUACGUUGGAUUGCUUUAUUUGGAAGCAUUAUUAGUACAGUCAGAAUGUCAAAAGGCACGCGCAACUCCGAUUCAGGGGAUUUGCAAACAUAUCUAAGGAAUUUUCACAAAGAAAUUGAAGAUGGCAGUGUUGAUGACAAAGAAGUCAAAGCAGAUGAUGAUACUGAGGUGGAACAACAGGAAGAGAACCAGGACGAUGAUGACGACGAUAAAUAUUUUAUAGACGACGAAGGCAACUGUUAUAUCAAAACCACACCAAGGAAACAAGAACAACUCAAAAAGAAAUUGAAACAACAAGCAACAUCGAAAGCAUCAGACAAAGAAGAUGUUUCAAUCCCAAUCCGUAGCACAACGCGUGCCGCCAGCAGCAAAACGUCUAAAGAAAUUAGUCUGCGUCCUGCGAAACCGAAGCCUGUUGCAUCUGCUCAGGGGAGUCCGAAGGCAAUAAAUAUACGACCCGCACCACCAAAAAGAACUCCAGUUAAGAUGACAACUUCUACACCAGUUAACACACCUAGAGGAUACUUACGUUCUUCAACUAGAUCUGCAAAGUCCGUACCAGAGUCGCCGCCGAAAACUAAAAUAGUAAUAGAAAAGGUAAUGGAGUUCGAAGAACUUGUAGAUGAUCCGAGUGGCGGUGAUGUUACCAUAGACCAAUCAGAGCUAACUGCCACUGCAAAUGAUACUAGCCUAACCGAAGAUCUGAACACGACCAAAGACGAUUCGGACAAGGAGGUCUACGAGUUUGACGAGAAUGCUGCUAAUAUAACCGCCAAGUCGGAUGUGGAUUUCGUGCCCAGCGGAAAUCAGUUCAAACUAAAGCCGGCGUCAGCCACUUCUGCAUCGCAGAAGUUUGCCUGCUCUCACUGUAGCUAUACGACCAAUAAGAAGUUUCUAAUCUCACGACACGUUCGAACACAUAACUCGGAAAUGUCAUUCAAGUGUUCUAUAUGUGAGCGCGGCUUCAAGUCUAACAUGGGGCUGGUCAAUCACUUAAACACACACAUGGGCAACAAGCCUCACAAGUGCAAGCUGUGCGAGAGUGCUUUCACUACGAACGGAGAGCUUAUAAGGCAUACCCGCUACAAGCACACCAAGGAAAAGCCACACAAAUGCACGGAGUGCAGCUAUGCCAGCGUUGAGCUGACAAAGCUACGUCGUCACAUGACUUGCCAUACGGGUGAGCGUCCGUACCAGUGUCCGCAUUGUACAUAUGCCUCACAGGAUAUGUUUAAGCUAAAGCGGCAUCUGGUCAUUCAUACUGGCGAGAAGAAGUACCAAUGCGAUAUCUGCAAGUCCCGCUUUACUCAAUCAAACUCGCUCAAGGCACACAAACUUAUUCAUAGCGUGGUGGAUAAACCAGUAUUUCAGUGCACUUUGUGUCCCACCACAUGCGGCCGCAAGGCUGACCUACGCACCCAUAUGGCCAAUAUGCACACCUCGGAUAAGCGACAUACAUGCAAGCGCUGCGGCCAGGAGCUGCCUGAUCGCUAUCAGUACAAGCUGCACAUCAAGUCACAUGAGGGCGAGAAAUGCUAUCGCUGCACCCUUUGUAGUUAUGCUUCAGUGUCUCAACGACAUUUGGACUCCCACAUGCUUAUACACACCGAUUCGAAGCCGUUUAAAUGCGACUUUUGCUCCCAGGCGUUCCGUCAGCGCCAACUGCUACGUCGCCAUAUCAACCUGAUGCACAAUGAGGACUACAAGCCACCGGAGCCACGUGUAAAGGUUCACUCUUGUCCCAGUUGUAUGCGUGUCUUUACGCAUAAGGGUAACCUGAUGCGUCAUAUGGAAUCACACGAUGAUUCCUUGAAUGCGCAGGAGCAGAAGUUGAAAUUAAGACUUGGGCGUAACGUUCGCCUUCAGCCUGAUGGAAGCAUUGUGACUUUAGAUGGUGACGACGUUCAGGAAUUUGAUAAAAGCGACACCAUUUCCAUUGACAUCGAAGAACAGUUCGAGAUCACUGAAUUCGAGGAGAUUGAUGAGGAAGAGUCAGUGCCAAGCGAACCCAUCGAGGAAACGUUAACUGCACCCACUAUAAGGACAAGAAGGGACAAUAAAACUGUCGCUGUAAGAGAUCGAGCACAGAGCUCAUCCAAUAAGCCGAUCAUUAUCAAUCGGCAAUUAAAGGCUCCGCGUGCGCACCGCGAACGAACUACGCAAGCCGGCACGUUCCGUAUCAAGAAAGAGCCGGAUGCAAACGAAUUUACAGUAGAACUUGAAGGUGAAGACGAGCAGUUUAUGGUCGUUCAGCUGGUUAACGAUGAUAGUGAGGUAGUGGUCAAGCGUGAACCCAAGAUCAAUGCCGAUAAUUGCUUUGGCUUCGAGGAUGACGCCAAUGUUGAAUACGAAGAAUAUGUGGAGCCUGUAGCUGAAGUGGAUGCAACAUCGCAGCAGUUUCUUCAGCUAAUGGACAUGAUUGAGCAGGAUACAUAGGUCAGCAGUAAAGUAAAUAUAUGGAACAAAUGUAUAGAGUAUUAAUAAAUAUAUAAACUGGAUUUACA